CUUCCUCACGUCAGAUAGAGCAACAGAUACUAUGUACUCCCCGCUAUGCCUGACGCAGGAUGAAUUCCAUCCUUUCAUUGAAGCCCUGCUGCCCCACGUCCGGGCUUUCGCCUACACCUGGUUCAACCUGCAGGCCCGCAAGAGGAAGUACUUCAAAAAGCACGAGAAGCGUAUGUCCAAGGAGGAGGAGCGUGCCGUUAAGGACGAGCUCCUCAGUGAGAAGCCAGAGGUCAAACAGAAGUGGGCCUCGCGGCUCCUGGCCAAGCUGCGGAAGGACAUCCGGCCAGAGUUUCGGGAGGACUUUGUGCUCACUGUCACUGGGAAGAAGCCCCCAUGCUGCGUCCUGUCCAACCCCGACCAGAAGGGCAAGAUGAGGAGGAUCGACUGCCUCCGCCAAGCAGACAAGGUCUGGAGGCUGGACCUGGUCAUGGUGAUUUUAUUCAAAGGUAUUCCUCUGGAAAGUACGGACGGCGAGCGGCUGGUUAAGUCUCCACAGUGUUCGAAUCCUGGUCUGUGCGUGCAGCCUCAUCACAUUGGAGUUUCAGUCAAGGAGCUCGAUCUCUACCUGGCCUACUUUGUGCAUGCAGGGCUCAUGAGAAAACCUGGCAUGAGGUCCUCUCAGCUGGCUGUUGUGCUGACAGCCUGCUGGUCAGCGCCUCCAGUCAGCUCCUCCAGUCAGGGCCUCCAGUCAGGGCCUCCAGUCAGGGCCUCCAGUCAGCUCCUCCAGUCAGGGCCUCCAGUCAGCUCCUCCAGUCAGGUCCUCCAGUCAGGGCCUCCAGUCAGCGCCUCCAGUCAGCUCCUCCAGUCAGGGCCUCCAGUCAGGGCCUCCAGUCAGGGCCUCCAGUCAGCUCCUCCAGUCAGGUCCUCCAGUCAGGGCCUCCAGUCAGCGCCUCCAGUCAGCUCCUCCAGUCAGGGCCUCCAGUCAGGGCCUCCAGUCAGCUCCUCCAGUCAGGGCCUCCAGUCAGGGCCUCCAGUCAGCUCCUCCAGUCAGCUCCUCCAGUCAGGGCCUCCAGUCAGCUCCUCCAGUCAGCUCCUCCAGUCAGGGCCUCCAGUCAGGUCCUCCAUUCAGCUCCUCCAGUCAGGUCCUCCAGUCAGCUCCUCCAGUCAGCUCCUCCAGUCAGGGCCUCCAGUCAGCUCCUCCAGUCAGCUCCUCCAGUCAGGUCCUCCAGUCAGGGCCUCCAGUCAGGUCCUCCAUUCAGCUCCUCCAGUCAGGGCCUCCAGUCACAUGCACAGAAUGCGAGGAGCCGCUCGCAGUACAAUUGGAGGAUAUCUCUGCGUGGGGCAGAUAAGGGGCAGUGGUGAGAGAGGGGACAGGUUCCAGGGUGUCUGCCGGUAG